UUGUAUCGCGACAGUAUUAGUCAAAAAUAAUGGUCACACUGCAUACGAUAAUGUACGGAAAACUCUACUUAUCUAUGUAAAACUUUUGACUAAACUGUACCAUUUUCAACCAAUCCUGUAUGGUCUUACCAAUCUGGCAACACUGUAUGCUCGCGACUCGCGUCAGUAAUGUCAGUAUACCAUUGAGGUUAGCUCGCGAUGCUCGCGUUAUUGAGAUUAUUGAGGUUAUGCUAUUGAGGUUAUUUUGAAUUAGAAGAAAUAUAAGCGAAAAUGUCUGUUGUACGUUACAAAGGAAGAUUAAUGAAAGAAAAAGUAUUGAAGAAAAGACUUAAAGCUUUAGCGGCAAUGUCUGAAGCAAAGAAAAAGAAAAAGUCCUGUCAAGAAGACAAUCAUUUAUGUGUUGGAAGACGUAUUGUAGAAGUGUCCGAGCUUGCCAAAAAUCUAACUUGCUGUUACUGUGAAAAAGAUCUUUCACUUAAAAAUGUAGUAAACGAAAGACGAUUUGGUUUAAAUUCAAUUUUAAAAGUACGUUGUCGGGAUUGUUCUACAUUUACAGAUGUUGCUACAGGAAAAAUUCAUACAUCAAAAGAUAACUCUAAACACAGUGAUGUAAACACAAAAAUUGUAUUAGGAGCUGUACACGCUGGAGUUGGGUGCUCGGGUAUAAAUAAAAUACUGGCUUGUAUGAAUAUACCAUCUAUAACACCAAAUUUAUUAAAAAGAUAUGAACGAGAAGUUGGACCUGCAAUAGAAGAAGCUGCUAAAGAGAGUUGCAAGCAGGCUGCAAAAGAGGAACGACGAUUAAUUGUAGAAAAUGUUGAAAAGCUCUGUCAAGAACUGUAAGAUUUUGUUCUUUCAUUUUUAUUUUGAAUAGAAAAACAGGAAGACAAAAAUAUGUUUUCUAUAAGUGUCUUAUACAUAUGUGU